GGAGCUCACCUGCACACCUAGGAAGGAAAUCCUCCCUCCCCCCUCCCCGCGGGCGGGCGUUGGAAACCGCUAGGCCUGCGGCGGCGUCUUCCAGCCUGGAGGAGGCUUCAGGUCUCAAUCGCGUCCUGAAGUCCUGAGGUCUCAGUCCCACCUCGCACGGGUGGGAUGACACGGGGGUGUGAGCGGCACAGAACAUCAUGCAGGACCCAAAUGAAGAUACAGAAUGGAACGACAUUUUAAGAGAUUUUGGCAUUCUUCCUCCAAAAGAAGAACCAAAAGAUGAAACUGAAGAAAUGGUCUUACGGUUACAGAAAGAAGCCAUGGUUAAACCAUAUGAAAAGAUGAAUCUUGCACAGUUGGGAGAAGCUGAAGAUGAUUUUGAUGAAGAAGAUAUGAAAGCCAUUGAAACAUACAGAGAAAAGCGGUUACAGGAAUGGAAAGUACUUAAGAAAAAACAAAAAUUUGGGGAAUUAAGAGAAAUUUCUGGAAAUCAGUAUGUGAAUGAAGUCACAAAUGCAGAAAAAGAUGUGUGGGUUAUAAUUCAUCUGUACAGAUCAAGCAUCCCGAUGUGUUUGUUGGUUAACCAGCAUCUUAGUCUCCUAGCAAGAAAGUUUCCAGCCACUAAAUUUGUUAAAGCCAUUGUGGAUAGCUGCAUCGAGCACUACCUUGAUAACUGCUUACCAACAAUUUUUGUUUACAAGAAUGGCCAGAUAGAAGGCAAAUUCAUUGGAGUUAUAGAAUGUGGAGGGAUAAAUCUCAGGCUGGAAGAACUCGAACGGAAGCUUGCAGAAGCUGGAGCAAUCCAGACUGAUUUGGAAGAAAACCCCAACACAAGCACUGAGGAUAUGGUGGCAUCUUCAAUUAGAAACCCUUCUAUUUAUGAUGAUAGUGAUAGUUCCAACAGUGAUAAUGGCAACAAGUAGAAAUAUUCAAUAAAGAGCUUUAAAGUAUA